ACACGGCCUCAUUCCCACGUGUGUACGAAACAAAGAGGGUGGAGAGAUUUUAUUGUGUGUCAAAAUCCCGUUAAAUGGGACAUUUCUAGCGAAUGUGUCUUUGGAGAUAGCACAAAAUAGAAGCUGCAUGGCAGGGUUCAAACUUGGGAUUGUUAGACUUGGUCAAGCGGCAGGAAAGAUAAAGUAUGCUUUGUUAGAUGAAAGAGACAUAUCACUGGUGCAGGACUAUGCUUUUGAGGCACGGACCCAAAUUGACCAGGAUGGAACCGGGGCCAGAGUUUAUGCUUACGCAUAUAAAAUACAUACAGGUAGACACACAGGGCAGCAUUUACACGAGAUAAUAUGGGAGAGGCAUAGUGGUGGAAUCGCCCCAGGAUGGAAAGUUAUACACAAAAACAACAUUACUGUUGACAAUCGUUUAGAAAACCUGUGUUUAGUACCGGAACAUUUUAAACAAGUGACUUGUCCGGAAGCGGAGCUGUCCAGUAAAUACAGUAAAGAUCAGAGCCUCUACUGGAUAGCUGUACAGCAGUUGCACAAUAUAGAUCCCUUACAUCAGCAUAUACAAGAGUCAGUGUUUACACGGCUGUUGGAUCGAGAUGGUGACCCCGUCAGCGAAGAAGUUGCAAUAUCCGAGUCUGGUUGUGUGCUAUUUUACGAGUGCCAUUACCCACCUUGUACCAACAUGGAGAAACAUGUCAGGGAGUACAGUAUAUGUGGUAGAUGCCAAACUGUAAGAUACUGUGGUGUCGGCUGCCAACAGAAGGACUGGCCUGUACACAAACAGUUAUGCAGGGAGAGAAUUCGACCUGAGAUUAUGGAAUAUCCUGACAGAUAAGACAGAGUUACUCCCCUUUAGUACUCUUUGUGUUCAUCAUGCAUUUAGCUUACACAGAUCUUGUUAUUUUACAUCAAACAUCUACUGACUCAGAUUAGAUAGGAUCCAGUCAUUUUUUUUCCAUCACAUAUUUCAUUAGUUUCACAAGUUUAACUUGCAUUUUUUUAUUCAUUUACUUAUUUUUGAAUUGCUGAUAUUGUCAUUUAGCAAAUAUAAUUCAUAAAAAAGAUUUUUUGUCAUAUUGUGAAUAAUCAAAAUUUAAAUUCUCUGUUUGAUGUAAUGCUUUAUGCAUUUUUUUAAGCAAUAAGAGUAUAAUUGAAAAGGCUUUAAAGAUAAGAGUUACUUUAGUUUUAUUUUACUUUAGACAAAUAUUUGUCUCGCGAUUUUACUGCUUACCAAUCAGAUUUUUAAAAAUAUAUUUUGAAGAUACACAUGUACAUUGUAGAUCAGUAAGUCAUCAAAUGUAUUCUCAAUAACUGAUCCUAUUUUCACGAUGAAUUUGGUUAUUAAAUAAUUUUCCUCUUCUAUAAUGUAUAUAUUAUUGUUAUUUUUUGUAACAAGUUAAGCAAUACUUCUAUAUCGAGAAAGAUUUUUCAUUACAGAUUCAA